CUUACAUCUACAGGUAAUCUGUAAGAAUGAUCAGCACAUAGGAAUAGGGAGUUUCUAUUAGCUUGCUUAGAUUUAAACGUAGCUACAUCUAUUACUUCAAUGUAGCAAAUUAAUACACUUAAGAUCAAUAGCCAAAAACAGCUGCAAGUAUGACACAAGAUAAAAGAGACAAGAUUGGGGUCCGAACAAAUUGUAGUUCAGCAAAAUCAAAAACCUGUGAUCAAAAGGCCAAAAAGAAACUUUCUGCUACUCUGCUAGGCCUUUUAGGCACAACAGAUGAGCUCAGUAACAUCAAAUGGGAUUCUGUGCCUCUGGAUGUACAAGAAUGGUUGAUUGUUACCUUUGCAAGGAAGAGAGAAGGAUACAGUUACAAACCCGAGGAAGGAAAGGGCAUCCGAACGAUUGCAUAUGCUGUCCAGGCAGGUGUUUUCGUAGAAAGGAAAUUCCGUACAACUACAAGUCCAAUUGGCUUGGCUUAUCCAUCAGAAGUAAUAGAAUCUUUAAAGGAUGUCGAUAAAUGGGGUUUCAACACAUUUACUUUAAAUGAAGCUAGCCAAGGGCACAGCUUGAAAUUUAUGAUGUGUGAGCUGUUCAGUAAAUAUGAUCUUCUGACCCUGUUCAAGAUUCCAAUUCCCUGUCUGAUUUCAUUUGCAAGUGCUUUAGAAGUUGGCUACAACAAAUACCAAAAUCCGUAUCACAAUGCAAUCCAUGCCUCAGAUGUUACCCAAACUGUGCACAGCAUUUUGCUUCAUACUGGAAUUAUGCAUUGGUUCACUGACCUGGAAAUACUAGCGAUUAUUUUCAGCACCUUAAUCCAUGAUUAUGAACAUACCGGCACCACAAACCAUUUCCAUGUUGAGACAAGAUCAGAAACUGCACUUUUAUAUAAUGAUAGAUCUGUUCUUGAAAACCAUCAUGUAAGUGCUGCUUAUCAUCUUUUGGAAAAUGAAGAUAUGAACAUCUUGUCCAAUUUAACCACAGAUGAAUGGAGGGAACUCCGCCGCCUGGUCAUUGAGAUGGUUUUAGCUACAGACAUGUCACAUCAUUUCCAGCAAAUGAGUAGCAUUAAGCAUAUUCUGGAGCAUCAUCAGCAACUGGAAAGGGCACACAAAGAUAAGAUUAUGUCUAUGGUUGUACAUGCUGCCGACGUAAGCCACCCAGCAAAGCCUUGGACUCUGCACCAACGAUGGGCAGAAGCGUUAAUGGAAGAAUUUUUUCAACAGGGAGACAAGGAGGCUGAAUUAGGAUUGCCAGUUUCUUCACUCUGUGAUCGCAAAACUACCAAUAUUGCUGCUUCCCAAAUAGGAUUUAUUGAUGUCAUAGUGAAACCUAUAUUUGUUCUCCUACUUGAUGCCGUGAAUGAAAUCGUUCGACCUCUUAUACAUGAGGCUUCUAAAUCUAGAUGUGCUUCUCGAAGAGCCCAAUCAACGAAGACAAGUAAAGCCACGGACAAAGAAGGUGCCAGCCGUGAGAGUGGGACCUGCACAGAAAGGCAGAUUUUAUCAGUCUUAGACAUACCAAGGUUUAAGGACAACUUGUUGUUGAUUAUUCAAGACAACAGAGAAAAGUGGAAAGAGAGUCAGGAAGUCUCAAGGAAAGAGCAUUCAGUGUCACUGUUAAAGUUAGAGGCAGAAGCUGCAGAAACCAAAGGAAGGAGUACACAGGCUAAACAAGAACCACUGGGAACAGAAAGUAAUAUGAUUCAGAAUCAAGUACGUGAAGGAAAAGCAGAACGGAAGAAACCUGAGAAAACAGUAAAGAGUAAACCCAACCCUUCAAAGGCCAAGAGUUCCUGUAUUGCACCAGAAAAUCCUACCACUUGCUAUUGUCAGUUUGGUGACGGCAAAACAUUUGAACCAAUAGAUGUCAACUUCAUCGUUUACAAUGCAGAUGCAUCAGAACUGUUGCAGGCACAGGAGGACACUGAGGCCAUGGAUGUCACAGAAUCAUAUGAGGAAUUCGUUGAUAGCCAAAGUUCCUGGAGGAAAGCUGCUGCUCACAAGGUAGAUUCAGAGAUAAGAGAGAUGAGGCGCAUGGUCCCGGAAACAAAACCUCUGUCUCCUGAUGAAAGUGAUGAUGUCAUCAUUGAGGAAUUUAUACCAGAUGAUUCUCAGCCUAAGACAACAAAGGGAUCCUCAGCCGCCCCUGUUCAGGACAAAGUCCAGCAACCACCUAAUAUUGGCUUUCUAGCAACUGAUUUAACCCAAAGUGACAUGGAGAUUUUUUCACUAUGGAAUGAAGAAGUUAUGAGGCGUGCAGCCGAGCAACAGAAGCAAGUUCAAAGCAGAAUGCCCACCGAGGGAGCGCCAGAAGUCCCAGGGCUGCAGGUUGAGGGUUCUACAGGAAGUCAAAGACCUUCAUCUGAAAACUAUGAUAGCUUCAUCCUCCAAGUAAUCUCUUUUGACUCCCCUCCAGUAAUGUGCUCAAGGCAGGCAGAACCAAGCCAGCAAGAAGCUGCCAAUACACAAGCCCCAGUGAAUGACAAUGGGACACAGUCAAGUGAGUCUGGUCAGCAAACUGUAACAACCACCUCACUUGGAGCUGCGGCUGUAUCUGUCACAUCCCUGAGCUAUGGCUAUCGGCUCUUCAAAAUUCCCAAGUGAGUUCAACCACUCAUUGUCAGAUGACUUGAGGCAUAAUAGAGAGAUAAUUCACCAGAUACAAGACCAUCUGAAACAAAUAAAGGUAGAUGUUUGGGCUGCUGAAUGAUGUUUGAAGAGGAUAAAAUGCUUACUGUGUGAUCAGUUAGCAGAACUUUCAAAUGUGCAUUGGUCAUUUACUGAGAAGGUUAAAUAUCAUUCUUAAUAACUUCUGUGUAUUGGUGGAAGUCAAACCCACUUGUUUAUUUCUCCCCAAGGGUUUGUGAAACUCUUCUAUAGACCACAAAUGAAUAGAGAAAAACAGGAUUGUGUAUAAAACAGCCUUUGGGAAAUAUUGUUUGGGUCAAAAAUGUAGGGGAAGCGAGCUGUGUAAUGCAUCAGCUACCACAGUCAAUGGUUAAGAUUUCUAGGAGCUGUAGUCUCAUAGCAUCUGGAGUCCCAAAUUUAAUAUGUAUAAUGCAAA